AGAUUACUGCUUCCUUGCAUCAGCCUGGCGUCUGCGUGUGUUGCGGAGGGCCAUCAAACAGUGCGUGUGGAUGUUCGGAGUGACAUCUUUGAUCGCGUGCUGUUGUUUCUUGAAGCAGAGAUUCUCGCAGAGGCCAAGCUGGGGCCACCAUACGAGGUGGAUGCGGAGCACACUCAAGACCUGCUGAGCGCUGGGGUGGUCUUGGGCUGUCAGGCAUUGAUUGAUGUGUGUAAGGCCAAACUGGGCGAGUUUGUCAAGCGCGUGAGGAAAAACGGGAUUGCGUUUAACGAGGUCGUGGAACGCAAUAGGAGGGGCGAGACUAUCCUGGUCAUAGACGGGAUGGUCUUCGAUGUUUCCCGUUGGCUACCCAACCAUCCCGGAGGCUCGACCAUCAUACCCGAACAAGGACUCAACCUAGACGCCAUUGGCUUCUUCGAGGUAUACCACUCCUCCCGUGCAUCCUUCCGUUACCUCAAACAGUUCUAUAUCGGGGAUGUGACAGACAAAGAGGCUGUCCCCAAGCCACACCACGAAGCGUCUGAGGCGUUUGUGGACCAACUCAGAACAUACACGACGUGGAGGGUCACGCCUGUCAACCCGGUUUACAAAAGCUUCUGACCGCUACCCUUCCGCAUGGGUUGUGUAUGUGUAUAGAGAGAAGGCAAAGGUCUAAACCUCAAUUAGUUUUGUGGUUUCAGCCUGUAGCCGUACUGCGCGUAGUGUAUUGCAGAGGGACGGUUAUGUCAGAAGGGGUGUAAAACCCUAAACCCUAAAACAUAAGGCGCUCAAACCAAGCACUCUAGCACAUACAAAUAUAUGCUCAAGAACACCCUUGGACAAUCCUCACACAUGGGGCACAAACAAACCUAUUCAACCCACUCGCCCCACAAACUAUGCGAGACUGCCAGGGAGACUAAACUAUGUGAGACUGUCAGGAAGACUGUGACUUGUCUGCGCUUUACGUUUGUUGCAACGCAUUGAUACGCCAUCCGUGAGCUAUGUGGUCUGAAUUAAUCGAAUGUCGCUGACAUCAUCAAAAGAAUCUCUGACGGAGAUCGUUUGGUAUCGUACUUAUGCCAGGUACACUGAACACAAUGACCAUUAGCCUAGAGCCAUCGGGCGUUUAGAUAGUCUCUCUAGUUAGUGGUGUAUGAUGUCAGGAUCAUCAGACAUAUAUCUAGGAGCCAUUCGUAGAUAUUCUGGAGAAGAUUUAAACGUUUAAUUAGAAUGAUAUUCUAUUGAAAUAAUGCAUAUGCAUGACAUGAUUCUACAAAUUCACAAACUGCCUCGAUAUAAAUAAAAGCGGACAGCGUCGAAACAAUCGUUUUAGUCGUGGCUCAUGAGUG